CGAAACCAUAUUCCUACGCCUCUUGGCUCCUAGAGACAACGUCUUGACAUGUGAUCCUUUCGACGCAGAACUGGAACCAAUGCAUGUUACUGAGCUAGAGGAACCUCACCCAACACUAUCAAUGUGCCGUGAUUUAGUCUAAAAUCGAAAUAUUGCCUGUUGACAAUGCCUAAUCAUGGCAUUCUGAUGCAGACUCAGGAAACCACUUGGAUAUUCUUAUACAGCAACAGCGCACUCACCCAUAUAAUCUGCGCAACAGACAGGCAUGAACAACUCCGCGUAACUACCACAUCUUUUGUUUUUUGUUGCAGACUCAUUCGCCACUGACUCCAAGUUGGGAUGGCCGAAACUGCAUCUGGAAUUCUUCAGUGCUUCAACUGUGACGCUAAAUUCGAGGAUACCCAGAAAUUUUGGGAUCAUAUCUAUAAUGUGGAUUGUGGAACGAAUGAAGAUACUACGAACUUUCCAAAGGAAAACCUCAAACCAGCCUCUUCACCUGCUAGGCCUAAGGAACAAGCAGCCUCUGUUGAAGUCUGUGUCUCACCAACAGAAUCCACUCGUGGCCGAGACAGUUUUUUGUGUGGACUAUGCAACGAAACUUUCGGUUCUAACAAUGACCUGUACGCACAUACUCAGUCUGCCAACCACCGAGAGCGAGUGGCUUCAGCCGCCAAUCGUUACGUAACAGGGAACAAUCCGAAAAAGUGGCCAAAUAAAUGGCUCAGUGAGGACCCACAGCAACCGUUGUUUUGUGAAGACUGCCAAGUUCCUUUGCCUUCGUUGGCCGCUAAAGAUGCUCAUAUAAUAGGAAAGAAACACCAAAGAGUUAUUGCACUACUGGCGAUGAAGAAAACUCCAGGUUGGACACCUGGGCAAGUCACGUCGUCCAUCAGGAAUGACGCAACCCGGUCUUAUGGCCUCGAAAAAGUUGAAACAUCCCACCUCUUCUGUGAGUAUUGUCAAGUAACUUUGCCUGAUCGACAGGCCGCAAGAUUGCACCUUACUUGUAACGAUCACAUAGAAGCCAUGAGUAAACACAAUAAUUGCGGUGUGCAUCCGACCACACCGAAUCAGACUGGCACAAUUCAGAGCUCAUUGAGUCCCCUAGCUGAUUCCAAUAUGUCUGAGCUAAACGCACUACUUCGUCGUUUGUGUCUGACGCAACUCCUCGCUCUUAUGCAUGGUCUAGAUGGUGCGGUCUACAAGGGCGGUGGACCCACGACCUGCCCACCGAAUGAAGAGGCCUUCGCUCGCGUGAAUGAACGCGACCUUCUUCAACUUUUUCGUGCCAUUUGUCGCGAAGAGUUGCAAAAUCUCCUUUCCCAGUCAAACAAAUCAUUCCCUUGUUUGGACGAUUCAAAGCCCAAAGUUCCCUAAAUAUUUUAUCACCAUGACAUCCCGGUUCACUUACUUAAUCACCAGCCCAUCGGUUACGAUCUAUCCUCACAUAAAGUUGC